CGUGUUCGUUGAGGAGUAUCAUGAAUGUGACAUAGUAAAAGGAAAAGGAAAAUGCCAGCUAGAUUCAUCGUACAGUUCCGGGCACAGUCUGUGAGUAAAUAAAUAAAGGGUCUCGGGGGUGGUGGGAGAGAGGGUAACACUUGUUUUGAGGUGAUGAGCAUCAGUGAAGAAGAAGGCAAAGGUGGCUCCAGGAAGCGCCGGCGUGAGGCGGAGGCGGAAACUGCAUUCCGCGGAGUGCGGAAACGGAGCUGGGGACGUUACGUAUCGGAGAUAAGGCUGCCGGGUCAGAAAACCCGGAUAUGGCUUGGCUCCUUCGCGUCGCCUGAGAUGGCGGCGAGGGCUUAUGACUCAGCCGCUUUCUUCUUGAAAGGAACAUCAGCCACCCUUAAUUUCCCCGACCUCGUCCACUCCCUUCCUCGCCCUCUCUCCUCCUCCCGGAGAGACAUACAAUCCGCCGCCGCAACAGCCGCUCUCCACCCUCCUUCUCUCGGUACCGACACCAACAGCAAUAGCAGCAGCUGGUUGGACAACUUGGGAGACGAAUCCAGGAUUUCGACGAUGUCGUUUGAGGAUGUGAAAGAUGCCCCUCUGAUGAGCCCCCUAAGGGUGGACUUGACUUUUGGAGAUUUCUCAUGGAACAACCUCUUCCAUUUCAACUAUGACGAUGUUUUCAUGUCAUGAUCUCAGAAUCGGCAUUGUAUUUCAUCUCUUCUGUGCUUUUUCCUACACUUUCUACUUCUAAACUAAUAAACCACUGUACAUUGAAAAUAGACUUCUUAAUUUUACUAAUCACUUGCAUGUGUUUA